UGACGCGCAGCAAGCUAACGAGCUUAGCAGGAAUCUAAACAGCUAAAGAUGGCUGCGUUCACGUACAGCAGACUGUCCUAUUUACUGAGAAUAUCUCUUAAUAAACCCGCAGUUUUACGAACAGGGACGGAGAUAAAACCCGGGCCUGCGUGUUGUGUACAGUUCAUACGCUGCCAGAGGUCGGUGGACAGGAAGGAUUUACAGGAGAGGCAGAAGCAGCAUAUGGCGAGAGGUCUUCCCAAACAGAAACCCAUUGCGGGCGUCAAACAGGUCGUCGUCGUGGCUUCAGGGAAAGGUGGCGUGGGAAAGUCCACCACCUCAGUGAAUUUGGCUCUUGGAUUAAUGGCCAACGAUCAGUCUAAGUCAGUCGGUCUGCUGGACGCUGACGUCUACGGUCCGUCGAUCCCCAAACUGAUGAACCUGAAGGGAAACCCGGAGCUCUCUGACAACAAUCUGAUGAUCCCGCUCACAAACUACGGGAUUCCUUGCAUGUCGAUGGGCUUCCUGGUGGAGGAUGUGGCUCCCAUCGUGUGGAGGGGCCUGAUGGUGAUGUCAGCGAUAGAGAAGCUGCUCAGACAGGUGGACUGGGGGUCGUUGGACUAUCUGGUAGUCGACAUGCCUCCUGGCACAGGAGACGUCCAACUGUCAAUCACCCAGAACAUCCCAAUAGCAGGUGCGGUUAUCGUGUCCACGCCGCAGGACAUCGCUCUGCUGGACGCCCGCAGAGGAGCCGAGAUGUUCAAGAAAGUUAACGUGCCGGUAAUCUGUGUUCUCGGCCUGGUGCAGAACAUGAGCGUCUUCCAGUGUCCCAACUGUAACCACCAGACUCACAUCUUCGGCUCCGACGGGGCCCGACAGCUGGCAGACACUCUGGGAGUCACAUUAUUAGGGGACGUUCCUCUUCAUCUAAACAUCAGAGAGAUGUCAGACAGAGGACAGCCGGUGGUCGUCUCGUCUCCGGACAGCCCAGAGGCGGAGGCAUACAGGAAGGUGGCGUCCGCUGUGGUCCAGAGACUAGAGGAGGUCAACACUUGAUUGACAGCUCCAACAGGAAGUCAGUUGGUUGAUGUAACGUUCUGAAUGCACAUGAAGACACUCCAUGUGCACUGACACAACACACACAAACACACAGAUAAACGCACAGUAAGUUCAGUCCAAAGCACUUGAACAUUUGUAACAGUACACGCUGAGUAUACUGAGUAUUAGCACUAAACUGCAGUAUUACUGAGUAAAUGUGAUUUAUUUAGUUGUGUGAUGAUAUUUAAUAAAAAACAGUGAGAUAAAUUC